AUUAGUGUUUCGUAUAAACGCAGGAUGGCGAAAUCGCAUUUUUCUAAACGAUGUGCAAAAAUUACCUUAUGGACUUCUGUAACUAUUUUAUUAGCAGCGUUAAUAAUAUUAAUAUUAUUUCCAACUAUAUACAAAAAGCAAUUAAAGCAUGAUACAACCCUCGUAAAAGGCAGUUUGAUGACAAAAAUAUGGGAAGAUAUUCCUUUACCAAUACAUGAAAGGCUUUAUUUCUUCAACAUCACCAAUGGAGAUGAUUUUGUGAAUCGUGGAGCUCCUUUGAACGUGACUCAAGUUGGACCAUACACUUACAAAUCAAGUUGGGUUAAGAAGGAUCCUGAGUGGCACAGCAAUGGCACAGUUUCUUAUCGUGAAGUAAGGACUUACCAAUUUGUUCCAGAAAAAUCAGUUGGCAGUCAAGAUGAUACUGUAAAUACUUUGAAUGGACCUAUGAUCAUCGCGGCGAACAUCGCAAAAACCUACAAUAUAUGGGAGAGAAUCCUACUUUCGAUAGGUAUGGGGGUUUUUAAGGAAACUAUCAUCACCUCAAAAAGCAUACGGCAGCUUGUGUAUGAUGGGUAUAAAGAUGAAAUAAUAAAAUACGCUCCAAUAAUUAAGCAAGACUUGCCUUUCAAGGAUGGAGUAUUUUCGUGGUUGUAUGGAAAGAAUGCAACUGAUGAUGGAUUGUUUACAGUGUUUACCGGAGAGGAAGAUUCAUCGCAAACUGGUUUAAUUAAUAAUUGGAAUGGAGAAGAAACUUUAAGCUAUUGGAAAGGAGAUUCGUGUAAUAUGGUCAAUGGCACAUCCAUAGAAGUUGGGCCUCCUUUAAGCAACGAUGACGCUGCUUAUACUUUUUUCCAAACCAUUUUCUGUAGAUCGUUGACUUUCGACUAUGUUAAAGAUGUUACACAUCACGAUGUGCUUUCAAGAAGGUUCCAACCCUCCUACAAAGUGUUUGCAAACGGAUCCGAGAAUCCGGAAAACUACUGCUAUGACUUGACACCCGGAAGACCUUCUGGAAUUCUUGACGUUAGCCCCUGCCAGUUUGGUGCACCGGUAUUUAUUUCAUUCCCACACUUUCAUAUGGCUGAUCCUUCUUAUCUAAAAUCAAUCGUUGGUCUCAAUCCAAAUGCUGAGGACCACGAUUCCCAUCUCGAUGUGGAAUAUGUCACUGGAAUUUCGGUAGACAUUUCAAUCAAGUUUCAAAUCAACAUAGAAGUUAGCAGAGUAAACGGGAUUACUCAAUUUGAUAAGGUUACAGAAGGAAUAUUCCCAAUUCUCUGGGCAGAUCUAGACCUUGCUAUAGAUGAGGAUUUAGCAAACUUUUUGCAAAAAUCCCUCAAAAAUCCAAAAAUUAUUACCUAUUCAGUACUUGGAGUAAUAAUAGGUUUGUGUGCUAUUGCUAUAAUAGUUUCAAUUAUCAUUUUGCGUAGUUCGAAAGAAGAAGACGAAGAGUUAAUAAUUGUUCGAGACGAUGAUAAAUCUCUUGCAUCAUCUAUUACUACAAAAAAUCAUAAGGUUUAUGGAACUUCUGAAAAUACAAAAAACGUCCAGUUUGCUAAUCCUCCAUCAGAUGUUUACAGUGAGGAACAAGAAGGAUUAAUCAACAACGCUGUAGAUACUUCAACUGAGGCCAGAUUUUCUGGAACGGAAAGUUCUAACGCUCGUGCAGCUCCAUCUAGUAAUGAUGCAGCUGUUUUGCACGUGGAUCAAGACCGACCAUCGUAUAUGUGAUUUUUAUUGUGAUAAAUUUCGUCUAAAAUUGGAUGUAAAUAUCAAAGCUGAAUGCUUGAUGACGAUGAGUGUUUAGAUGUAUAUUAUUAGAACUGAAAUAAAGGGUUGGAAAUCGAUUUCUACAAACGUUUAAAACACAUGAUCUUGAACGAGAAGUACUUGGAUAUAGUUCCUUUUUUUAGUUUUUACUUUAAAAAUAUUUUUAUUUAUUGCAUUGUAUUGUUUCUACUGUGUACUUUAUGAUAUUGUAUAAAAUGUGUCGGAGUUUUUAAAAUAAAAAUUGUG